CCGGCUCCUCCGCCGGCAGAGACCGCCUGACAGCCGGGCACGCCGCACCGCACUCGCCGGCACCCGGGCGGCCGCGGCACACGCACCGGGACUUGCACACACCCCCGUGCACACGCACCGGGACUUGCACACACCCCCGUGCACACGCACCGGGACUUGCACACACACACACACACCCCCGUGCACACGCACCGGGACUUGCACACACCCCCGUGCACACGCACCGGGACUUGCACACACACACACACCCGUGCACACGCACCGGGACUUGCACACACCCCCGUGCACACGCACCGGGACUUGCACACACACACACCCGUGCACACGCAGCGCCCAAGCGAGCAACACACGCACGCACUCCGGCAGGCACAGAGGAGCCAAGCGCCUGGGACACACACACACAUAUACGGACACAUCCACACACAAAUUGGCACGCACGCACGCACACAGACUGUCACGCGCACACACGCACAGAGGACGCGGGCACCCAGGGCGGGGUGGGGGGAGACCCCCAUGCGCCCCCCGCGCAGCCCCGCCGCCCUGGGGCUCCUGGCCGCUGCGCUGGCGCUGAGCGGCUGCGGGGGCCGGAGCCAGGCGAGCCCGGAGCCAGACCCUAUUCUCCAGCCGGCCCCUGACUACGACGUCGUCCAUCCCAUCAAGGUGGACGAGAGCGGGUCCUUUCUGUCCUAUGAUCUGUCUCAGCGCGCAGUUCACAAGAGGGCCCUCUCCCCAAGGACCGGUUCGCCCGCCUUUUACGAACUGCGUUACAAAGGACAGCACCUGAGGUUCAACUUAAGCCUCAACAGCCAGCUCCUGGCUCCUGGGUUUGUGAGCGAGCGGCGCUAUGGAGGAAUCGCUGAGGCCAAGAUCCGCUCCUACGGUCACAAUUCCUGCCACAUGCUCGGAGAGGUUCAGAGCCAGGCGCUGAAAGGGGGUUUGGCAGCUGUGAGCACCUGCGAUGGGCUGAAAGGUGCAUUUCGGCUUGCUAACGAAGACUAUUUAAUUGAGCCUCUGCCUGUAAAUACGCAUGAGGACCGCACAGCCCGACCCCACCGGAUAUAUAAACGCCAUGCACCAAAACAUGGGCAAGAAGACUUGCUGGUGGAAUCCAGCAGAAAGCAAGAGAGGAACCAGCCCAGUCCAAUGAGCACGUGUGGUGUGCAAGAAUCGCAGAAGAGCCUGGAGAAGUCUGAGAAACGGCGGGAGCGCUGGGAGCAGAAACAGCAGAAGAAGCGGAGAAUAAAGCAGCGCUCCAUCAGCAAGGAGAAGUGGGUGGAAACGCUGGUGGUAGCAGAUACCAAGAUGGUGGAAUAUCACGGGAGUGAAAACAUCGAGAAAUACGUCCUGACCGUCAUGAACAUGGUGGCAGGUAUAUUCCACGAUGCCAGCAUCGGAAACCCGAUCAACAUUGCCAUUGUGCGCCUAAUCCUGCUGGAAGAUGACGAGGAGGAGCUGAAAAUCACCCACCACGCCGACAACACCCUGAGAAGCUUUUGCAAGUGGCAGAAAAGCAUCAAUGUGAAAGGAGACUCCCACCCGCAGCAUCACGACGUGGCCGUCCUGCUCACGAGGAAAGACAUCUGUGCAGCCAUGAACCGGCCGUGUGAGACUCUGGGUCUGUCUCAUGUGUCAGGAAUGUGCCAGCCCCACCGAAGCUGCAAUAUCAAUGAGGAUACAGGCCUGCCCCUGGCUUUCACCGUGGCGCAUGAACUCGGACACAGUUUUGGGAUUCAGCAUGAUGGAAGCGGCAAUGACUGUGAGCCAGUUGGGAAAAGACCUUUCGUCAUGUCUCCACAGCUCCUGUAUGACACCUCUCCACUCACCUGGUCGCGCUGCAGCAGGGAAUACAUCACACGGUUCCUUGACCGGGGCUGGGGUCUGUGCCUGGACGAUCCACCGGCCAAGGACGUGGUUGACUUCCCCUUAGCCCCCCCCGGAGUCCUCUACGACGUUAGCCAUCAGUGCCGGCUACAGUACGGACAAUAUUCCACCUUCUGUGAUGACAUGGAUAGCGUCUGCAACACACUCUGGUGCACAGUGGGCAACACGUGCCACUCCAAGCUGGACGCGGCUGUGGACGGCACCAAGUGUGGCGAGAACAAGUGGUGCUUCAAUGGGGAGUGCGUGCCAGUGGGCUUCCGCCCCGACGCCAUCGACGGCAGCUGGGGAGCCUGGAGUUCCUGGGCGAGCUGCUCGCGGACGUGCGGCACCGGCGUGCAAAACGCGGAGCGCCAGUGCAGCAACCCCACGCCAAAGUACGGCGGGAAAUACUGUCUCGGCGAGCGGAAGCGGUUUCGCAUCUGUAACAUCAAGCCGUGUCCCACCGACAAACCGUCUUUCCGUCAGCUCCAGUGCAGCCAGUUCGACCCCAUGCUGUACAAGGGGAAGCUGUACAAGUGGACACCCGUGCUCCACAAUGUGAAUCUGUGCGAGUUGCACUGCCGCCCGGAAGACGACUACUUUGCGGAAAAGCUUCGUGAUGCCGUCAUUGAUGGGACUCCGUGCUACGAUGGGAACGGCAGCCGGGACAUCUGCAUCAAUGGUAUUUGCAAGAACGUGGGCUGCGACUACGAGAUCGACUCCAACGCCGUCGAGGACCGGUGCGGCGUGUGCCACGGGGAUGGGUCCACCUGCCAGACAGUGAAGAAGACAUUCGAGGAGAGCGAGGGGCUGGGUUACGUUGACAUCGGGAUGAUCCCCGCUGGAGCCCGUGAGAUUAGGAUCGAAGAGGUGGCAGAAGCCGGGAAUUUUCUGGCUUUGAGGAGUGAAGAUCCUGAGAAAUACUUCCUGAACGGCGGCUGGACCAUCCAGUGGAACGGGGACUACAAAGUGGCCGGGACAACUUUCACCUACGAGAGGACAGGCAACUGGGAGAACCUCACAUCCCCCGGGCCCACGGGGGAGCCGGUCUGGAUCCAGCUGCUGUUUCAGGAGAGUAACCCAGGGGUUCGCUACCAAUACACUAUCCGCAGGGAGUCCGAGACCGAGAACGAGAACGAGAUUCAGCCGGCAGAGUUUUUCUGGCACUACGGCUCCUGGACAAAGUGCACCGCGACCUGUGGGACAGGUGUUCAGAGACAGAUUGUGCACUGUGUUGAAAAGAUGGCGGGCAUCGUGGAGGAGCGGUACUGCGACUCGUUAAGCCGCCCUGACGACAGGCAGCGGACGUGCAGCGAGGAGCCCUGCCCUGCCAGAUGGUGGGCUGGCGAGUGGCAGAAGUGCUCUGCCACGUGCGGCGAAACGGGGCUCACGAGGAGGACGGUCCUCUGCAUCCAGAGCGUGGGGGUGGACGAACAGAGAGCCCUGCCGCCCGAGGAGUGUCAGCCCCUCUCCAGGCCAGAAGCUGCCGGUCCCUGCAAUAGGGAUAUCGCCUGUCCUGCUCAGUGGGCUGUGGGCAACUGGUCUGAGUGUUCGGUAACAUGUGGAAAUGGGACACAGAGGCGCCCUGUUUAUUGCAGUAACAAUACUCGGAUGGCCUGCGACCCUACAGAAAAGCCAGGGUCAGAAAUGACGUGCUCCCUACAGCUGUGCCAAAAGAAAAUAGAAAACGCCAACGCUGACUGGUCUGGCAGCGGGUCUUCCAGCAGAGAGCUGUUUAAUGAGAUACAUCACAUGCCCCAUAAUCACCUUGCUAAAUUUAGCCCUUCGAUUCCAAAUGUCCCAGAGUCCAACGACGUGAACGUCAUACCCGAGGAGGACUUCUCAUCCAACAGCAACAAAAAGGGAAAUGUGUUUGUUGAUGACUUUUACUACGAUUAUAAUUUCAUCAAUUUCCAUGAAGACCUGUCCUAUGACCCUUUUGGUGAGAAGGACAUCAAGAGCGAUGGGCUUAAACCAGAGCCUGGGGACAAGACAGCUAAUAGUGUGGAAGAGUCCAAUGAAGUGUCUCCCGAUACUUCAUACGAGGAGAAACCAGGAGGAGACUCCAGCAAAGUCAUCUCAACAGACAGUGAAACAAACCCGUCUGCAAAGAUGCCUGGUGAAGAGCAGGAAGACGCGGGGGCUCAAGUCAACAAAACCCUCUUCAGCGUAACUCAACAUGAGGUUAUCAAGACAACCCCUGCUGAUUAUACCACUUCCUACGUGACAGACGAGGAAGAGGAGGAAAUGCAUACGCCGCUCUCCAAAGACCCUCCACCCACUCUGAGUGCAACGAGCCAUUAUUCUAUAAACAGCUAUGAUAAUCUGCCCACUGAUAACCCCCAAGGAGCCUUGCUGACAAGCACCAUUUCUACAAUCACCGACCUCGCUACCACGUCUCCUUAUUUGGCCAUUCUCUCUCCACCGCUGCCCGUUGACAGGAGCGGCGCCGGUGGGGAAGACGCACACGCCAUUCUUGAAAGCACGGGAAAGCCUGAAAGCAGGGAAGAGGAUCAUGAAAGCACAGAGGCUCCUGAUAACGACAGCAAGAAAGACCAUGGAGACGCGAGUGACAUGGAUUCGGUCAUCGAUGAUAAUGACAUCGGUGACGGUGAUGAUGCUGCCUCCGAAACGAAAGGUGAAGAUGCACAGGCAGGUAGGGCUGCAACAGAGGAGACAAUAGGCACCAACUGGAGACCAGCUACCCUGGCACCCCAGCUACAGACAAGUGAGUCACCGUACCCUGUAGCCUAUGCCACCCCUUUCCUCUCCCACGUGCCUACGGGUGAGCAGGAAAUGGGAGACAGCCAAAAAGAUGCUGAUUCUGUUCUGAGUAUAGACAGUUCACUGGACAAAGAGCUGGUCCGUGCAGGCGGUGCGCAGAACCAGCCAGUCUAUUCCACCAUUGUUUUGCCCACCCAGGAUGUCCUAGCAGCCACCACAGCCCUAACAUCCAAGCCAUCUACCCAAAUAAUUGAAAUGCUUACCCCAAGCAAUCCAGCCCACCCAGGCACCCAGACCCCGGCAGUGCCGACAUCCUCCAGUCAGAGCCCUGCAGCUGCUCCACCAGCAACUCUGCCCGCCGCACUAACCUCUGCAGGGUGGGCUGAUGGAGAAUCAGAGGAAACGAAGAGGACUUAUCCCACAAUGCACAUUGCUGCCAGGGCCCACGGGACCACCCCAGCGGACACACGCCAAAGUGCAGCCCCAGGGGAUGGGUCCCCACAAGGAACCCAAAGCACGUUUGUCUACAGCAGCGGAGAACCUGAGCCCUCUCUCCCCACCCCAGUGCACCCAGAGCUGCCGCAGGAGGAGGAGGACGAGAACGUAGUGAAGGAGGAGUCUGUCCUCAGGGUCUCGGCGACGGAAGCAGCCCCAGUAACAGCCAGCUGGGAAGUUGGGAACUGGAGCCAGUGUUCCACCACCUGUGGCUUGGGAGCAAUCUGGAGGACAGUGCACUGCAGCACAGGCAAUGAUGACGAUUGUGUUGCUGCAAAUAAACCCGUCCCUGCUCGAAGGUGUUCCCUGAGACCGUGCUCAUCGUGGCGUGUUGGCAACUGGAGUAAGUGCUCCAAGAACUGCGGAGGGGGACUGCGGGUCCGGGACGUGCAUUGCAUCGACACCCGAGAUCAGAGGCUGUUGAGGCCUUUCCACUGUCAGGCUGUUCUCUACAAGCCACCCGUGCAGGCUGCCUGUCAAACCAAGCCUUGUCUGGACUGGUACACGUCCUCCUGGAGAGAGUGCUCCGAGUCAUGCGGAGGAGGGCAGCAGGAGCGUCUGGUGACGUGCCCAGAGUUUGGACGGUGCGAGGAAAUGCUGAGGCCAAACAAUACGAGGCCCUGCAAUGCUCAUCCGUGUACCAGCUGGGUGGUGGGAUCCUGGGGACAGUGCACAGCUACCUGUGGAGGAGGCAUCCAGCGGCGGCAGGUGAAAUGCAUGAACACUAAAACGGGCGCAGUUGAAGAAGACAGCAGCCUGUGUGACCACGAGCAGUGGCCAGAAAACACCCAGAAGUGCAAUCCUCAGGACUGCGACCACAGCGAGUCAAGCUUUGUCUGCGAGCGCGACCGCCUGACGUUCGGUUUCUGCCAGACCCUGCGGGUUCUGGGAAGGUGCCACCUCCCGACGGUCAACGUGCAGUGUUGCCGAACCUGCCGCCAGCACGGGCACGGCACCCGCGACCGGGGCAACGAGCGUGCCUCUAGGAGGUGAAACCGUUUUGGUGGAAAGGUACUUUUUUUAGAGGGGGAGCGGAAAACAAAGAAGAAGGAGAGGCUUCAGGAGAACAAAAGCUAUGCAGCGAAGGAAAGGAAGUCUUGGACCACGACAUCGCUGUUCCUCUAGCAAUGCGGUGUUGCAACCGUGUUCCUCUGUGCAGAUCCAUAUGGUGCUCUUUAAAAACACAGGGACGUUUCGAUUUGUUUUAAUUUUUCUUUUUGUUUUGUGGGGGGGGGGGGGUUACUACAGUACAUGGUGCUCAGCUCAUCUGUCUGAAAACAGGAUCUGGCUCUCACUGCGUAGCACUUGGGUUCCUGCUGGUCACCAUGGAGAAACGCGCCGUUUCCGAGCAAGUAGCAGACAACAGCUCCAAUUUCCCGUCCUUCGGGUCACACCUAGAAGUAGCUGAUCUAGCAGGGAACACAUCAGAAACCUAACAUAUAACAGCAGGAAUGGGGGGAGAGCUCUCGGAGGGGUUUAUGGUGCUAUCAUUUGACACUUUCAGCCUCCUGUUAAGUGUUGGCAGGCCAGCACAAAACCAACAGGGUCUUUUUAUUAUUUUAUAUAUAUGUGUGUAAGUGAGCAUCUGUCAUUCCAAACAGCGCAGCCGAUGGUUUUGUUCCGCAAUGGACUUGACGCUGGCAAAAUAUGCAUACGUAUGUUUACACACCGAACUUCAUUCUCCAUAAUUCAAGAAGCUGAGGCCCAUCAGAAGGUGCAAGGAAGAGACAAAUACCUGAACUAGUCUUUACCACCCAAAGUAUUAGGUUUGCAGAUCCCUCAGUACUCAGCACAUCUGAUUACUCUUUACUUUUUAAUACUGCUGCUGGUUUUCUGUGCAAAGCAGCUGCAUGUCUGCAUGCAUGUGUCUUGGCAGAAGGUAAGAGGUAGAGAGAUCAAACCAAGAAUGGAGGGAGGGAAAUGGCUGUUGAAUUAAAAGUACUACUGGACCAUUAGUAGGGAUCGAUGAAAAGUCUAGCCCGCGAGACAAACAGCGCGUUUGGGUUGCAUAGCCUGCUGUUUUACCUUCUCUCUGUUAUUUCUCAGGAAGGCAUAAAUGGCAAACUGGAUUGUUAAUGACAACUGGAUUUCUGCACACCAUUCCCAUAUGUUAUACGAGUUUAAGGGUUGAUUAAGGUUUUGCUUGCGUUCCUACGAAUUUUUAAAUCUUUCUGCUUAUUAUAGAUUCACUUUUGUUCAAGUUAGUCUAUUCUUUUAACUAGAAUAUCCAAUAUUGUACAAAGAAAGGGUACAUGCAUACUACGGCAGAUAUUGUUCUUCUUUAUCAGGGUUCCAGGAAUGACUGUAUGUUAAUCCCUCAGUGUACCAGGAAGGAUUUACUAUUAUAUUGGUUCCUGGAAGAAGGUCAGAAACCUUUGGGUAGAGCUUCCUUUGUUGAUUACUCCUCAGGAAACAAAAGACGAUGACAUAAUUGGAGACAGCGAACACCGGUUUAUUUGCAUUCAAGUGAAUGGGAUUUUCCCGUUGGUUUGAAUGGAACUUGAGCGCAGUAUCAAUGAAACGAUAUUGUGCAAUGCAGGCAUAUUGUUCCCAAUAUAGCAACACUUUUUGUAUGUGCCAGAUCACACGCCUGGUGUGACACAAUCAAUCAAGAAGACAAGGGAAAUUCCUUUGCAUAAAUUGUAUGUAAAAUGCAGCUCAUGACUUGACCACGUGUAUUUUUGUUUCUUUCCAAUGUAAUGUAAUUUUUUUCUAUUUAAAGGGAUUGCAUUUGCUCCUGUUUUCUUUCCCAACAGUAGUGUCCGUCCCAUACAACUUCACUGCAUUCAUCAGGGCUCUAAGAUUGUACUAAAAAUAGUCCCCAAGUUCAUUGGGUUUGGUUUGGGGUUGUUGUUUUUUUUGUUUUUUUACUGGAUGUAGCUCACAAGUUUGUUAAAUUAAAUUGCUAUAAAAGGAA